CUACGGCAAGUCGGAGGCAGCAAGAUGGCGGCCGCUGAGGAAGGUUGCGAUGUUGGGGUCGAAGCGGACCGGGAACUGGAGGAGCUUCUGGAAAGUGCUCUUGAUGAUUUCGAUAAAGCCAAACCCUCCCCAGCACCCCCUCCUACCACCUCGGCCCCUGAUGCUUCAGGGCCCCAGAAGAGAUCGCCAGGAGACACUGCCAAAGAUGCCCUCUUCGCCUCCCAAGAGAAAUUUUUCCAGGAACUGUUUGACAGUGAGCUGGCUUCCCAAGCCACCGCUGAGUUUGAGAAGGCAAUGAAGGAGCUGGCUGAAGAAGAGCCCCACCUGGUGGAACAGUUCCAAAAGCUCUCAGAAGCAGCUGGGAGAGUGGGCAGUGAUGCAAACUCUCAACAAGAAUUUACUUCUUGCCUAAAGGAGACAUUAAGUGGGCUAGCCAAAAAUGCCACUGACCUUCAGAACUCGGGCAUGUCUGAAGAGGAGUUGACCAAAGCCAUGGAAGGGCUGGGCAUGGAUGAAGGGGAUGGGGAAGGGAACAUUCUCCCCAUCAUGCAGAGUAUCAUGCAGAACCUACUGUCUAAGGAUGUACUGUACCCAUCCCUGAAGGAGAUCACGGAAAAGUAUCCAGAAUGGUUGCAGAGUCACCAGGAAUCUAUUCCUCCAGAGCAGUUUGAAAAGUAUCAGGAGCAGCACACUGUUAUGGGCAAAAUAUGUGAGCAGUUUGAGGCAGAGACACCCACGGACAGUGAGGCUACUCACAGGGCUCGUUUCGAGGCGGUGCUGGACCUUAUGCAGCAGUUACAGGACUUGGGCCAUCCUCCAAAAGAGCUGGCUGGGGAGAUGCCUCCUGGCCUCAACUUUGACCUGGAUGCCCUCAAUCUAUCGGGCCCACCAGGUGCCAAUGGCGAACAGUGUCUGAUCAUGUGAAACACAACACGUUUUCCUCCGAGUCCCAGCCGUGGGGAGCAUCUGGAGUCAGCAGAACCAUUGGGAACUGAGUCAGGAGCAUCGUCUCUGGGAGCCAGCUGCCCCCCACUCUCUACAUCCCCUUCAAGACUGUGCCAUACCAGCUGAGGAUCUGUUCUCUAGGCCAUUUCUAUGAGCCCUACUCCGUCAUGCGCUCUGCUGUUAGAAAGAGGCCAAUUCAUUGCCAGGUGAAGGAAGGCAUCCCUUUUGGGGCAUUUCACUUCUUCCUGCUCCCAAAAAUAAUGUUAUAUAUGACUAUACUCAAUGUCCCCUUGAUUCCCAGGGACUUCGUGCCUUGUUUCUGCUCCCUCUCUUGGAGCUAGGGAGCAGGAGCUGAGUCCUCAGACUUGGUGUUUCCAUUAGGCAGGGCCUCUGGGAAUGAGGAGAAAUGCAGCCUGCCCCAGGGCUGUAUGUCAUCACAUCCCCUUACCUGCAUUUUGAACUCUCUGAAGGGAAAGGAACUUUGCACUUACCUGUGGUCAAGUUGGAAGAGAAGCCCUGGGCUUUUCCUGUCCCUAGGUGCUGCACUCUUAAUUCCUGUUUCCUCCUGAGGACUCAAGUUGCUACCCUGGUUCUUUCUACAACUCUGUGAUUUAGGGGAACCCAGCUCUUGACCUUCCUUUGCCCCCUGGCUGUCCUCUUCCCAGUCUUUUUAGACUCUUAUUUAUUCAAGCCCCUCUGAACCAAUGUUGUGAUUGAUGAAGGCCAAUCUUGUUUCCUUUCAUCUAGUACCUCUACCAUUCUCACUGGACCCUUCCCUUCCCUGGCCAACACAUAACUGUAGUGUCAGAUCUGGUAAAUGAAUGGCCAUUCUACCCAGAUACAUUCUGGCUUACUUGGGACAUCAGAUUCCCUAGAAUCCUUAGUUCAGGAAGGUGCUUGGGAAAGGGAUGUGGCCUGAGUCUUUUUUCCUGCAAGCUCCAGGGGACAGUAUCUAAUAAAUAUUCUGAGCGUAUGUGUGGGUUAUUUUUCAUCCAGGUCUGCUCCUGGUCUUGCUGAGCUUCUAUAAGCUGCAGAGUGGGAAGUGUUAGGAGAUGGUUCUGUAUAAUGUUAUUGUAAGCUCUACCCUGGCCCCGCCCCGCCCUCCAGUCCAGGCUGCCCUUCCUUUGGUAAAAGGAUACUGUCAUCCUCUCCUUGGUAUUUCAGUCUUAACUUCUUACAUUAUAAUUGAUGUUAAUGAUAUAUUGUUAACAUGUUUUCUAAAUUACCUAUUUUAAAUUGACCUCAGUAGGUCUAAGGACCGUGGUCACCAUAUAUUUUAUGAAUAAUCUUUUUAGCCCACCUAGCGGUCUUGGUUCACUUGGAAAAUAACUUUUUAAAUAUAUAUUUUUAAUUUAUUCUUUGGGAAUUUUAUACAUGUAUACAAUGUAUUUUGAUCAUAUCCACUCCUCUGGAAAAUAACUUUUGCAAAAACAAGUUCACAUUUAUCAUUUGAGUCACUUUGAGCUCAUGACACAUCAUUUCCCCCUCCUGGGUUAAAAUCACUCUUAAAGAUCCCACACAUUCAGCCAGGUGAUGGUGGUGCACACCUUUAAUCCCAGCAUUUAGGAGGCAGAGGCAGGCGAAUCUCAGUGAGUUCAAGGCCAGCCUGGUCUACAAAGCGAGUUCCAGGAUAGCCAGAACUGUUACACAGAGAAACCCUGUCUCCAAACCUCCCCCUUCCCCCAAAAAAAGAUCCCACACAUUCUGUGAAAGGAAAUGUGUUUGAGCUCAGGCUACGGGGACUAUUCAGCCUCCACAGCUCGUUAGGCAGAAGACUCAGGGUCUGAAUUUGAGACUCCUCCAUGCACUAAGAAAGGAAAAAAGUACAGGCUGAUUUGUGAUAAUGAAUGGGGCCUGAAUUGCCAAUAAUUUGUUGACACUUCUGCAAAAGCUUGACAAGGAUAGGUGAGGAGACAGGAACAAGAAUGGCUUGCCCUUGGAAUUGUGCUCAGUGCCAUGCUAUCUGUCCUUUAUUCUUACUUCUCAUGGUGAUGCCAUGGUUCACCAUGGCUAUUUCCAAGACAUUUCUUUCAUUUUUAUUUUGCUUGAAUAUGAGGCAGUUGACCUUGGAUUAAUUAGUUUUUUUUUUUUUUCCUAAAUAUUACUUGAAUUACUCUGAGACUUAUAGCUGAAUAAAACCUGGUGCCCUAGGGCAGUCCUUCUCAAAUUAUGUGUGGUAAAGGACCAGAGAUUUUUGGCUUUAAACAUCUAGUCCUCAUGCAUCAAUAUUUGGAUCUGUUGCCCAUGACAGGUAUUAAGCUGAGACUGUGUACAACCUGCCAUGCAAAUUUGAAAACACCUAAAUUAUCUAGACUCCAUUAACAGGUUAAGCCCACUGGUCAUAUAAUUGAAUUUCACAGCAAUAUCAAAUACUAAAGUUUUAGACACUGUAUUUCUGGUACCUAAUGUCACAAGUUGAUACAGUGAUUAAAACAAAACUACUUCAGCCAGGUAGUGUUUGGGAGGCAUAAGCAGGAGGAUCUCAAUGAGUUUGAGGACAGCCUGGUCUACAGAGUGAGUUCCAAGACAGCUAGGGCUGUUACACAGAGAAACCCUGUCUCGGAAAAACAAACAAAAAAACAGCUCCAUGGUAAUAAUGCUGUUCUGGACUUUCCUUAGUCUCUCUAUAGGUCCUAGUCAAAUGUAUACUUACAUACUUGAAGUCCUUUCCCAUGUGUUACCUGUGGAGACUUGGUCUUAAGAAAAAAAUUUUCACAAUAUGGAUAUCUAGCACUUUUUCUAGCUUGCUUCUCUUUCUUGAUAAACUAAAAAUAACCAUUGCAUAACUUUAGUGAAGUAUUUAAGCUGUUCUCAAAGUUUACAAGAACUCCCCUUCUAAAAUUAUGUGUGUUCAGGUAAUAAAUUUGUGACUGGA